GAGGGGUUAGCAGGCAUUCAGUACGAACAGGCACUGCUACUUAACAAAGGAACUUAAUCUUUGCUUUAAUAGAAACCAAAACUGAGGCCUAGAGCUUCUAACAGCAGCUGGCCAUCCUAUCAAACACAGAGACAACAUCCAGGGGAGACAUCUUUCUCUGUUGCCUCUGGAAGGCAGAAGGCCCCUCCUACAGCUAUGAACUUGUUCCUUUUCCCUGCACCAUUGCAUGUGCUUUAUCACAACACAGACAAUAAACAACUUUCAUAUUUCAAUGACGCCUACACAGUGGGCAUCUUUCUGGAGCAAGGAAUUUUCAGAAGAAAAGCAGCAGAAAAGCACAGGUGAACAAUUAUCCCACCAAGCUCUCAUUUUAGCAACCGUCUUCCUUUAACAUUUUCCAGGAUGUGAAAAGGACUUUGAAUGGGCAGGAGACGGAACAUUUGCAGAUAAAGCCCAUUCAGGAUCAGCAAGUGCAGCAUCAUGAGCAAGAACCCAAAUACUUUAUAUGUCAGGAGUAAAAGUGUGUCAGAAGAAACACUGUACUCGCACGAUGAAGCGGAUGGGGCUCCUCAAGGAAUGGACCAAUAUCGUGUCAGGAGACUUUCCUGCCGUAAUCUUCAGCUUCCCCCUUUGGCGUUCAGGCAGCUGGAGCAGGCAGAUUGGGACAGAAAGAGUGAUCCAGAGAUGGUGCCGAGGCCCACCAGCCUUCCACUGAGAACUCUCCCACUAAUUGCUAUCACAGCUGCAGAGUCUGUCAGUUUCGACGUCGACAAUGGCACCUCAUCGGGACGGAGUCCCUUGGAUCCCAUGACAAGCCCCGGAUCGGGGCUCAUUCUCCAGGCUAACUUUGUUCACAGUCAACGGAGGGAAUCCUUCCUCUACCGGUCCGAUAGCGACUAUGACCUCUCUCCAAAGUCUAUGUCCAGGAACUCCUCCAUCGCCAGUGAUAUACAUGGAGAUGACUUGAUUGUGACACCAUUUGCUCAGGUGCUGGCCAGCCUACGUACUGUACGGAAUAAUUUUGCUGCAUUAACCAACCUGCCGGAUCGAGCACCUAGCAAACGGUCACCCAUGUGUAACCAACCAUCCAUCAACAAAGCGACCAUAACAGAGGAGGCCUACCAAAAACUGGCCAGCGAGACCCUGGAGGAGCUCGACUGGUGCCUGGACCAGCUGGAAACCUUGCAGACCAGGCACUCCGUCAGCGAAAUGGCCUCGAACAAGUUUAAAAGAAUGCUCAACCGGGAGCUAACCCACUUAUCUGAAAUGAGCCGAUCGGGCAAUCAGGUCUCUGAAUAUAUAUCCAGCACCUUUUUAGACAAACAGCAUGAAGUGGAAAUCCCAUCUCCUACACAGAAAGAGAAAGAGAAGAAGAAACUGCCAAUGUCUCAGAUUAGUGGAGUGAAGAAACUGAUGCACAGCUCCAGCCUAACCAAUUCGAGCAUCCCAAAAUUUGGAGUCAAAACUGACCAAGAAGAUAUUCUGGCCAAGGAACUAGAAGAUGUAAACAAAUGGGGCCUCCAGGUGUUUAAAAUAGCUGAAUUAUCUGCAAACCGACCUUUGACUGUCAUCAUGUACACUAUUUUCCAGGAGCGGGAAUUAUUAAAAACAUUUAAAAUUCAACCAGACAUGUUAAUAACUUACUUGAUGACACUGGAGGACCAUUACCAUGCAGAUGUGGCAUAUCACAACAACAUACAUGCUGCAGAUGUUGUACAGUCUACACAUGUGCUGUUGUCCACCCCAGCUUUGGAGGCGGUGUUCACGGACCUGGAGAUUCUGGCUGCUAUUUUUGCCAGUGCAAUACAUGAUGUAGAUCAUCCUGGGGUUUCAAACCAGUUUCUUAUCAACACAAACUCUGAACUUGCCUUGAUGUACAACGAUUCAUCAGUCCUGGAAAACCAUCAUUUAGCUGUGGGCUUCAAGUUGCUGCAGGAAGAAAAUUGCGACAUUUUCCAGAACUUGACAAAAAAGCAAAGGCAAUCAUUGAGGAAGAUGGUCAUUGACAUAGUGCUUGCAACAGAUAUGUCUAAGCAUAUGAAUCUUUUGGCUGAUCUCAAAACGAUGGUUGAAACUAAGAAAGUGACUAGCUCUGGAGUUCUGCUGCUUGAUAACUAUUCAGACAGGAUUCAGGUUCUGCAAAAUAUGGUACACUGUGCAGAUUUGAGCAACCCGACAAAGCCACUCCAGCUAUAUCGCCAGUGGACAGAUAGAAUAAUGGAAGAGUUCUUUCGGCAGGGAGAUCGAGAACGAGAGAGGGGGAUGGAGAUCAGCCCCAUGUGUGAUAAGCACAAUGCAUCAGUAGAAAAAUCACAGGUGGGUUUUAUAGACUACAUUGUUCAUCCUCUCUGGGAGACCUGGGCAGACCUUGUACACCCAGACGCCCAAGACAUCUUGGACACGCUGGAAGACAAUCGCGAAUGGUACCAGAGCACAAUCCCUCAGAGUCCGUCUCCUGCCCCAGAUGACCAAGAGGAAGGGAGACAGGGCCAAACAGAUAAAUUCCAGUUUGAGCUAACACUGGAGGAAGAUGGUGAAUCAGACACAGAGAAGGACAGUGGGAGUCAAGUAGAAGAAGACACCAGCUGCAGUGACUCCAAGACUCUUUGCACCCAAGACUCAGAGUCCACUGAAAUCCCACUUGACGAACAAGUUGGAGAGGAAGUGGUGGAGGAGGAGAGCCAGACAGAAACUUGUGUGCUAGAAGAACGUUCUCCUGACACGUAACGGUGCGACGGCUCUGCCACUCCCUCUGCUUUCUCUCUCUCCUACUCUCUUUUCAAGAAUCAAAAAUGGUUUCCAAAGUGCAUGUCACUCGGCACAGCCAUGGUCACGCCUCACUGUCAUCUGCAAGAGAUGUUCGCUGAUCAAAAACUGACCUUUGAUUACCCUGUUUGGCACUCAGGAAUAUUGUAACCAGAAAUGUUCAUUGUUCAUGGCAUCAAGAGAGCAAAGGAAGGGAAACACCUGCAAAAAGAACAGUUUAACGAGAAUUCAACUUGGCAGAUACUAUCAGAGAGAGUGUCUACUCCAAGCUGUUUUCAAAAGGAGUAACGGCUGGUCCAAAGCUUGUGUGUGCGUGUGUGUUUUGUAUUGGUUUUUAGUUUCUUGAGAAGAGGCAUUAGUAGCAUACAUCACCAGAAUAUACAGAAGGCGACCAGCGAGUGAACAAAAGGUUAUUAGCAGAAAGCGAUCGAGCUCAAAUAAUGGGGACACAACAUGAAUCUGUUACCAGUAGGAAGAUGAAGCUGGAAGUCACAUAAUUUUCUAAUUUCAAGUCUUCCUAACACAUGACUGAAAAAAAAAAGUGUAACUCAGUGGGUUGCACUGACGUCUGCAUUUUGUAUUAUAUGUAAAAUGGAAAUCUUUUUGUAGAGUUUACUUUUAUUAUUAAAUGUAUUGAGGUAUUAUAUUUAAAAGAAUGCAACACUCUCAGAACUUCAUCUGCCACUGAUUCUUUCUCCUCCCCCCCAAAAAAGAGUAACUUGCAAGUUUUCAGUACAAAUAUGAGCUACACUGGAUAAAUCAAAUUUUAUAUUUGUUUGCACUUAAGAUUUUCAUACCAAUUCAUUCAGCUGUUGUAAAACAACUCUGUGUUCUAGACCAAUGACAGCUAUCAAAUGCUCAUUUCCCCCCCUCCCGUGUUGCAGAAAACAUGUUUGUUGGCAUUAAUUUCUGGCUUUUCUUACUGUAAUUUCCCCAAAGCAGCAAUAUUUCAUCCACAAAAUGUCCUCAAAGAUGGCUUGGUUGCUGCAGACCCAGCUUUUAUUGCUGUGGGCUUACUAUAAAAUUUCUAAAAUCUAAUGGACCGUUGCAGUAGCAGUUCCCCAAAAUUUGGAUUGCAACUCAGUGCUGGAUGGCAGCAGCCCUGAGUAUUGAGCACCAAACUCCUUACCGCAGAUGACAUGGGGUCCAGAGGGUGGAUGACUCCAAUGAAGAAUAGGGUUAGCAGGAGAGAUCCUGAGGAAGCUCCAAAACAAAGAUGAAACUCCAUUAGCAGCUCCUAAGAAAGAAAAGUUGGGGGGACACUCCUAUUAGAGUUGGGAUUUGCAAGUCUAUGGCUAGCAUGAAUGUGACUCUUGCUAUAAAUACAAACCUUUUCUUUUGCUAAUUACAUCAUUCCCACAAGGCUGCUCCUAGUUGUGUAUGCAAAAUUGUGAGUGGUCUGCUACAAAGAGUUGCUGUACCAGCAAAUACCAAUACUUAGGGUGAGGACAUAUGGAAAGCUGUGACAACACAGUGCUACAGACUAUGCCUGUGCAAAGAGUACUUACAAACAAUUUGUAGUGGAAUCUUUGCUGCUUCAGAAACGGACUGAGGCACUCUGCUGUCCCCACCCUAUUAUUCCCCCUUAGUAGCUUUUUGCAAAGGCUGGGCUGGGAAUAUAAUGUAAAUGUCACCGAUAAAUCAGCCCCUUUACAAAUUGGACAAAACCAGCUUUUGACCUUGAAUAUGGCAAGAAAUAUAUCAUAGAUUUUUUAAAAAAAAUCUGCAGAAAGGAUCUCCACUCAGUGACUUUUGUUUUGCCCCUUUUGCUGUCAUACUGAGAGGUCACGUUGAACGAAUAAAUGUCUAUGAUGGACUCAUAAAGGUUAUGUUAGGGGCUGGAAAAUGCAUGACCCUAUAAAAUAACAGAGCAGGAAAAGCAUUUGCGGAGUGAAGUUCUGCAAUGCACCACAGAACUAAAUGUCAUCAAAGCUAUAGAUUUUAAUGGGUUUGUGUACAUUUAACCCUUGUCUCAGAUUGUGCCCUUAGCCUGCAACCAAUAUGUGAUGAAAACCCAUGCAGGGUGGCGGAGAUGGUGGGUGUGAAUUCACAUCUGCCUCUGACCUGUGCUGCGACUGUGUUGCAGUGUGUGUUGGGGGCAUAAAUAUGACUAGAGUCAUGUUCGUGACUAUGCAUGAUGACAUCUGCUGCCUUAUCAACAUGGAGCAUUCAAUUGCCUGCAACUGUCCCUCCAUACCCAGCAUAGACCAGCACUUCUAUGCAGAGUACCAACUGCAUAGAUUGCAAAAUUGGCUUGAACGACAAGGCUGUUUUGACCCAAUGAAAACUGGAUUGGAGGUAGACCAGCUAAGGUCACAACUAACUCUUGAGUCCCGUUGAUUUCAAUGGAUCAACCUUGUAGGUCUUGAUACAACCCAUAGAUUAUACUUGGUUGACUAAACCAAGGAAAGUUUGGGACACGGCUAAAUAUCAGAUUUUAAGUGAAAGCACUGACUGACGGGGAUUUUUUAAAAGUGCAUUUUAAUGUGUCUCGUCUACCUUUUAGCUCUUAAUGGCUUUUACUGAAGAAGGAAAAACGAGAAGUUGAUGAAAGAAUUUCACCAUGUUGUUGUCAGCCUAGGCUCCUCUCCUCUCCCCUCACUACGUCAACAUUUGUUAGUCCCCAAGAGUGCCUGGAAUCUUAACGAAUAAAGCAAUAUCAAUUCCAAAAAUCAAUAUAUAUCGGGAAGGGUAUUUUAUCUGCACUAAAGGUUUAAUCCUACGAACAGGGGUAACCUCUAGCUGGAGCCAGCCAGAGACUUAAGUAUCGGGGAAAGGCCAGCAUCUAAUGCUGAGCAGGGCAAGGGGCAUGUCUGGCCUCUUGAAUAACAUUUUCUAAAUGGUUAUUCCGAGAUGCUCAGUUUUGAGGAGGUUCAUGUCUUGUUGAUAGUUCUGGUUAGUGUAUACCCUGUAAGAUUAAACUGUCAAAGAAAAGGAGAGGUAAUGAAAAAACCACCAUAUUGUGUAAAAUACACACCCAUAUACAUGGACAAUCAAGUGGCAGGAAACAUAAUAAUGUUUAGAGGCAGGGAUCGAAUGCACUGUAUAAUCUUUGUUUGUUUGUUUGUUUUACUUUGCCAAAGUGUGCUUUAGUGCCAGCACACUACUUUAAAAACAACAACACAAUACUAUUGAAAAAGUGUUUUUACAUGUUUUCUCUGUGUUUCUGUUUUGUUUGUUUUUUUGCCAUAAGAGAAAUGCAAUGAAGUCGGUUGAGGGUUGUGGCGGCGGGUGGGGUGGGGGGGAGACAGAAAGAGGAACCUGAAUUUGCAUCUAUACUUUAGCUUGCAAGUUGCUUUUCUCAGUAAUACUGCGUCUGUUCCUUUUUAAUUUCUGGUUUUACACCAUAGUUCUAAAAACAAAACAAAACUUUUAAAAAGAUCAGGCAAAAUAGGUAGAACAAAUCACAUUCAAAAGGUUGGGGUUUUUUAUAUUAAAAAAAAACUUGAGGAUGAAAUGAAUUUUACAGGCCGCUUUGACAAUUCUUUUAAAACCCAUUUAUUUAUUUUUUAUUCGUGCCAUGCAUAUUUUUUUUCUCACCAAAUGACCUUACUUGUAAUAAGUCUUGUUUGUCUCUGUUUACAACCAUGUAUUUAUUGUAAUGUAUAUAUUGUAAUGUUAAUUGUAAAUUAUAAGUUCUUAUUAUAACAUCAUCCUUGCCAGGGUGGUAUUGCUAUAUUUGGAAACUCUUGGUGAGAGAAUUAAUAUUGUGUAUACAUACUCCCCCUCCCCCCACCCCCUUGUACAUUUUGUAAUAUAUAUCCUAUAUCACCUUAGAGCUUGUUUAUGGAAGAGUUGAGAAAAAUUAUAAAGUACAUAGUUAUAUAAAUUAAAAAGCUGCAGGUCUUUGGUCCCAGGGCUGUGCCUUAACUUUAAACAACAUUUUCUUCUGUUUUGCUGCAUUUGAAAGAAAGGUCGUUGUGGAACAUCGGCUGGGCAUAUCUCCACCGCCCUUCCUCCCUCCC